AUGCUUCCAUCCACAAGCUGCUCUCCUUACUCUUCACAUCCUUGGUUAGUGGACAUUAGUGUCAAGAAACCUUGUCCAGUUCCUAACUGUCCCAUCGUUGAUUUGACCGAUCAACAUUUUUUUGAAUACUAUCAUGACUGUCCUUGUGGUUUGCAGUGUGAUUUUUUUGUGAAUUAUUCCACAAACCCAAAUGCUCCCUUUCACUGCAAUAUAUAUAAUCACCGACCAACUGGGUAUCAUAAUCAUCAUGCCAGUUCUUCGGAGCAAGACAACACUUCUCCACAACAUAAAGACGGAAGAAGAAUGUCAGGUGUCAACACUUCAUCUUCCCAAAGUUCUCAAUCCUCUUCUCUCCCAAACCAUUUAUGUUGGUAUGGUACCAAAUGUCGCAUUGCCGAGAGAGGAGAUGUUGAUCAUCUCUCACGCUAUCUUCAUAUUCUCAGUGGAGACAUUUUACAAGAUUUUUGCAUCCUGAAUGCUUUGAGGGAAAGAACUGCUCUCAGUAAACAACCAGAUAUUCCUGGUCUUACCUCCAAAGAUAAAAGCAAAAUGCAACCGCAUGUCAAGCGGUGGAAACGAUCUGCUUCCAUUCAAUUAACCUCACCCGUGGAAUAUAAAUUUAUUGGUUGGGAGAGACAAACUGGCUCCAACUUAUCGACUGGAAAAAUUGUCAUCUUUAAAAAGACAGGAAAGGGUGUCUUUGAAGGACAUAUCAAGACGGAGGAUCUCAAGAAUGUGACUUUUCCAAACAAUCAAAUUGAGCAACCAUGGUAUCGAAAUAGAGUGUGUGUCUACGAGAAUAGUCUUGUGAGGAAUGUGUUCACUCAGGCCUUAUCGGAAUAUCUUGACGGAGUUUCUCCUCGUGCGACUUAUCUGGAUGUAUUGAAAUAUAUUGUGAACGAGGGUGUUCCUGUGUUCAUCGUUGGAGGAGCAGUGAGAGAUGUCCUUUAUGCAGUGUUGAAAGAGAAGGAAACCAACAUUCAGAAUAUAAUUGGAAAAGUUAAAGAUAUUGAUAUUGGAUUUGGAUGUCCACCUCAAAAAUUGUUUGAAAAGUUAUCUAAAAAGUACACCACAGGUAUUCAAAGUCCAGGACCAAGAGGUCUCGUUGUGAGUGACAUUCCGCAAUGUUUUGGUACCGAUUUAGUUGGAGAGAAUAUUUGUAGAGAUUUCACUUGUAAUUCUUUGUGGUAUGAUCUUAUCAAUGAAUGUGUGAUUGACCCAAUCGGAAAAGGACAAGGAAUCAAAGAUGCUUUAAACAAAGUCUUACGAAUUCCAGUGAAAGAAAAGUAUCGAGAUUUUUGGGCCAAAGGAAAUCCUUCCAAAAUUAUGAGAUAUUACAAGUUUCUUCAAAAAGGUUACAAACCUGCAGACGAAAGUACCCGACAGUUUAUCAUCAAGAUGGCAAAUAAGUUUUCGGACGGUGAGAUGGAAUGCAAAAAUCAGCUGAUAAAGGGAGUGAUGAAUUCAAAAACCGAUGCUGCAGCUCUCAAAAAGAAGGAGGAAUUUUUAGAACUACUAAAGAAGGAUGUCGGAUCUGCAAGGCUUAAAGAAUUGUUCCCUUAA